AUGAAUGAAAGUCCUUCCAAAUCGAAUGAAAGUUGGGCUUUGCUCAAGGAGAUGUCCAGUGAAAGCAUAUUGCGGAGGAAAUUAUCAAAGUCAGGGAAAGUAGGUUUGAAUAAUUCCAAUUUCAAGCAUACCAAGCGGAAGAGACUGGAUAAAUCUGUUUUUGUCACAGAAAACCAAAAUGUUGUGGGAGGUGGGACAAACAGUGUGCUUAAUGCAUUGGCUGCAUACUUGAGAUAUUUGGAGGGAACAGCUCGGGAUGACUGGCAAGAGGUACAUGAGAAAUUACGAAAUGCUGAAAUUCGCAAUGGAGCUUCAUUUUUUGUACUCUUUGGUCCUGCCCUAUGUCUUGGUAUCAUAUCUAGAAGGAGAGUUUAUUAUGAAUCAAUCAAAUACGAGAAAGAACGAAAUGCUGGAUUUCUAUCACCCUUUGGAUAUUCAACUGCCCCCGUUUCUGCUUCAGCAGAUGCUGUGUGCUCAAUGGAGUGGUAUUGGCUUGUGGCUUUAAAAAGUCAAUUAAGUGAUGGAGGAGCAUAUCCUACUCGGAUAUGGAGAUGGAAUGGUUAUCUAAUUCAGUAUACAGUUGUUGGUAAUAGAGGCCCUGCUGUUCUUCUCGUUCAUGGCUUUGGUGCAUUUUUGGAGCACUAUCGUGACAAUAUAUGCAGUAUAUCUAAUAGUGGGAACCAAGUUUGGGCUGUCACACUUUUAGGAUUUGGCAAAUCAGAGAAGCCAAAUGUUGUGUAUACUGAACUUAUGUGGGCUGAAUUGGUGAAAGAUUUUAUCAUUGAAGUUGUUGGGGAACCAGUGCAUCUCCUGGGAAACUCUAUUGGUGGCUAUUUUGUAGCUCUUGUCGCCUAUUUUUGGCCUUCUUUAGCUCAAUCUGCUGUCCUUAUCAAUGGUGCUGGGGAUAUUAUUCCAGCAUAUACUUCUCCGCAAUUCACCAAAGAGAGAGCGACUUCAGGGGCUACAUGGCUUGGUGCUCGACUCCUUUUGGUUUACUUGAGGUUGAACAUUGGAAGCAUAGUAAAGAAUUGCUACCCAACUAAAACAGAGAGAGUUGAUGAUUGGCUUAUUAAUGAAAUGCUAAGAGCUUCGUAUGAUCCUGGCGGCCUGGCGGUACUGGAAAGUAUUUUCAGUUUCAAUCUUUCACUUGCUCUUAAUUAUCUCUUGGAAGGCUUCAAAGAGAAGGUUCUAGUCAUACAGGGAAUGAAAGAUCCUAUUACUGACUCCAAGUCUAAAGUGGCUAUGCUCAAAGAACAUUGUCCUGGGGUCGUCAUCUGGCAAUUGGAUGCUGGUAAUUUUCGUCCCCCUCAUCAAGUUGAUGCUUAUAGUUGA